UACCUAGAAUAUCCCUCCCCUUACUUUUCUGUUUACAAUCUGUCUUCACGUCUCACGCCUCGACGGAGUCCCCAACGUCUCCUCUCCCCCAACACACUUUAUAUUCAUUUCCCUCAUCCUCCUUCUUCUACUCUUCUUACUCUCUCUGCAGCAAAUUCUUCGAUCUGAUUCGCCAAAAUGCAGAGCACAGCAAUCUCGUUUUCUCCGUCAAUUUCACUCCCUAAGAAGCCUCACAAGCCGUCUGGUUCCGCUUCGCUUUGUAGAUUCAAUCCUUUAUCUCAGCCGCUUCGUUUUGGAUCCCUAAAUGGUUCAACAGCGAGGAAAAUCAAUCCGAUUAGUUGCUCAGCGGAUUCUUCUUCGUCCAAGUUGAAUCGUAAUGGAUGGAUUUCAGUUCCGGCUCCGGUUCCAGAGCGUGAAUCGGAUGGAGUGGAGGUUCGGGCCACGUCUGUACCGGAGAGCGCUGGAGAGGCACCCAAAUCUAAGCCUCUGACGGAAACUUUGGUGCUCGGAUCUCUUUUCGGGCUUUGGUAUCUAUUUAACAUCUACUUCAACAUUUACAACAAACAGGUGCUGAAAGCAUUCCCUUACCCAGUUACAGUGACUCUCGCGCAAUUUGCUGUUGGCUCCGUCCUUGUAAUUCUUAUGUGGACUCUCAAUCUAUACAAAAGGCCUAAAAUCAGUGGUGCACAGCUUGUUGCAAUUUUGCCAUUGGCAGCGGUGCAUACCUUGGGCAACCUUUUCACCAACAUGAGUCUUGGAAAAGUUUCUGUGUCAUUCACUCACACUAUCAAAGCUAUGGAGCCAUUCUUCUCUGUUGUCCUCUCUGCUAUGUUCUUAGGCGAGUUCCCUACCUUAUGGGUUUUAUCUUCUCUUCUACCAAUUGUUGGUGGAGUGGGACUGGCAUCAAUGACUGAGGCAUCUUUUAAUUGGGCUGGAUUUUGGAGUGCAAUGGCCUCUAAUUUAACCAAUCAAUCACGUAAUGUCCUCAGCAAGAAGUUUAUGGUUCGGAAAGAGGAGUCAUUGGAUAACAUUACUCUCUUUUCAAUAAUCACUAUCAUGUCCUUUUUCUUGCUGGCCCCAUACGCCUUUUUCACGGAAGGUGUCAAGUUCACUCCUGCGUACCUGGAAGCUGCAGGAUUGAAUGUGAACCAGCUUUACACAAGGUCUCUCAUUGCUGCUCUCUGCUUCCAUGCUUAUCAGCAGGUUUCUUACAUGAUAUUGCAGAGGGUAUCGCCUGUUACUCAUUCUGUGGGUAACUGUGUGAAGCGAGUGGUGGUUAUUGUGACUUCUGUUCUCUUCUUCCGCACACCUGUAUCUCCUAUUAAUGGUUUGGGAACUGGAAUUGCCCUUGCUGGAGUUUUCCUAUAUUCAAGGGUGAAGCGCAUUAAGUCUAAGGCAAAAACAGAAUGAAAUCUCAAUCAAUUUUGAUGGUAGAUUAUGAUCAUUAGACGGAUGACCAAAACUUGGUUGUAUCGUAGGCAGGAUCUUCUUUUAGUCUGUUGUGUCAUGUUGGACGAAUUAUUCUUUUCUUAGGCAGUUUAAGUGUAAUUGCUGCCAAUUUGACGAUUUUACUAGGCUGCGGGCACUGAAACAUCAGAGUUUGAGAGAGUCUGUAAUAUUUGAUAACAAUACCGUUGCAUUCAAAAUAUUUAUCUUCCCAAGGUGUUAAUUAGAGAAUCGGAAACUUAAAGUUCCGUUUUUUUUGUGUG